GUGAAGGAGAGAGAUGUAGCUAAGACCACACAUGCACUUGAUACCUGCGUUUCCUGUGUGGUUUCCCUUGAAGAACGGUCAAUGCUCGUGGGAGCCCUGAGCUGCACAGACCAAGUCUGAUGGCCAGUUCAUGGGGGGGCCUCCUUUCCCCGCUCUGAGCACCUGCUGGGAAAUCAAACCAGGGACGCGCUUGGCCAAUGGAGGAUGAAGAGGGUUACAUGGUAUUAAACCUCCGGCCGAAGCAGAGACAACCAGGCCGCCCCCCGGGAGCUGGGCCCCAAGGUUCCCAUCAGCGUCCCCACUGGAUUCGAAUUGCUCUAGGGGUCGGAUGGGCUGGGAAUAUUGUCCUGCUGUCAGCUGUCAUAGCACUGGGGCUGCGGGUUUUCCAGUUACAAGUCCCUUGUGAAGAACGGACCAGAGCAGCAAUGAAUACCCUGCACAGCGACGGGGCCAGUCACAGACCCACCAAUGGAACGAAGUGCGACACUGGCCUGGAGGAUUUCCUGUCUCGCUUGAAACAAUUUCUGUGUGAACCUCCCUACAGCAGCUCCGGAGAUGGCUCCAGGUGCAGACUCUGCCCCACGGAAUGGCUCAUGCAUGGGGGAAAAUGCUACUGGGCAUCUAAAGAGAGUCGAGUUUGGCACAAGAGCCAUGAUGAUUGCUCAGUGAAGAGUUCUCACCUCCUGGUGAUUCAGGAUAAAAAUGAGAUGGAUUUCAUAUCCAGUGUUACACAGGACACAAAUCCAGUUUGGCUGGGACUCAUCGUGACAUCCCCAGAGCGGAAGUGGACCUGGGUGGACAACUCCCUUCUAGAUCAAACGCUGUUCCCAGUAGUCGGCCCUGGUGAAAGGAACAGCUGUGGAGUGAUAAAAGGGAAGCAGAUUCAUUCUGAAACCUGCAGUGCUGUUGUUAAAUGGAUUUGUGAGAAGGAAGCUCUCCUGGUGUAAUCAAAGGCAUUAAUGACCCCCUCUUUGUGGAAAUGAAGCAGAAAGCAGGCUUAGUUGUAAUCGGUCACUGGUUCAGUAGUUAAAGGGAUUGUUUUUUUCAUUUCAAAGCUGGAAUAAAAAAGUUCAAAAGAAAAAUGUUGUCCUCAAUGGAAGUUAGGAGCCUCAAUAACUUUGAGGAUUGGGGCCUUAAUUGCUAGGUCCACUUCUAUUUCUCUGGCCCAA